AUGGGCAAAGACCUCCAGACCGACUUCCUUUCGGUGAGAAAGCCUAGGAAUCUGGAGGUCAAGUUGAAGCACCUUCGGCGAGGGUCAUUGAAUCCGCGCCAGGCAGAAAGAAACGAGUUGAAGAGAGAAGAAGCCAAAGAGAACAACAAGACCAGGAGGGGGAACCAGGACCGGAACCAGGAUGGGAACUUGGAUGGGAACUUAGAGCUGUAUCUUAAUUACCAUACACGGUAUCGCCCGUUGCCAUCCGACGGGGGCAAACCAAUCAUUGGGGUCAAACAUUGGGAUUACAUACGCCAGGGCUUCAAAAGUCUAUUUUGUAGGUCUUGCUCAACUUCUCUUAAUCAGGAAGACUACUCAAUCCCUUGUACCUUCUCCCUUCAAAGGAAUCAAACUCACCAGUACAGUAUUCCAAGUACAUUUAACAUCUCGGGGCAGAUGCCAUAUUGGGUGACAUCUGUCAAAGGACCAAAAAAGAAUAGAGAAAAGAAGGUUUUCUCUAAGGAAUGUGACCAUCCCUAUGCCUCCUCAUGCUCUAGACCGUAUUUUUGUUCAACCACUCCAUUCAUAGAGCACGUCAUGACUUGCCACCACAAUACAAACCCGUAUUCACUUCCAAGGUUAGUGUUCCUCCCGUGA